AUGAAGAGAGCCAACCCAUUUGGAAGAAGCUCAAUAUCUCCAAGGAGAAAUGUACUAUUCUUGAAGGGGCAACAGCUAGCAUUAGCAAGGCAAUUAGACCUUCAUCCUAGCCAGGUUGAUGUUUGGUUUCAAAUCAAGAAAUCAGGGAGUCUAGAGAAGGAAAUUCAAAAAAGGAUGGAUUGCAGAGAUGAUAUUUGCAUUGAUGUUGAUGCACCAAUUGAUGAAGCUGACAUGAUAGAGGCUUUUAAAUAUUUUGAUAGAAAUGGUGAUGGGAAGAUAACAGGACAAAACCUUUUGGAAUCUUUUAAAACUUUAGGGGAGGAGAAUCGCACACUGGAAGAAUGCCAAAGCAUGAUAGCAGCACUUGACAAGAAUGGGAAUGGCUUCAUGAGUUUUGAAGAUUUUUCCCAUAUGUUGUUAAUGGAAGAUAAUUGA